UCCGGACGUGGACGUUGUGUGCGCGGAAGACCCCAAAGCACCGGUUAGAGUUGCCUGUUGUGCGUUGUGACCAUAGGUGUCAGCUUGCGGUUGUCGGUGUGGGCAGUGUUUUGACGAUCUUGGGAUACCCAUAAAAAAGGGAAUUGUGCGAGUAACCUGUCAAGCAGAAUUAACACUGAGUUGGGUAAGGGCGUGCAAGUGCGGAAAUAAUUCGCAGCAACCGAGCAGUAGAAUGUUACGCCAGUAGCACCCUGCAGAGUGGUAUCCGCCCAACAACAGUGAAUCGAGGGGGCUGAAGCGUGGCUCGAAUGGUUUGGGCAGGGCAGAGAGCAAAAGAGCCCUUCGGAAGCAAGACGCCGAAAUAAGUCUUCGCGUCUGAUGCAGUUCUGAAUAAUUUAGGCGACGGAAGGAGAUAAACGUACAUUCAAACUGACAAGUGGGUCAGAAGGAGUUCGAGGAGUGUGGGGUACGAAUGUGUGGACGGCCGGACAAGGAACUGAACGUGACGCUCGCUUGGUGAAGCUGCUGUGGCUGCUACGAUGGCAGUGCUACACUGAUGGUGGGAAAAUUUAUGGAAAAAGCGUGCCCCAACUUCUGCUUUGCGGAUUAGAGUGUUGCUUGUAGUCCAAAUCCACACUUUGUAGUUUCAUAAGCGUAGGAAAGCAAAAGUAACUUUCUUGAUUAAUGGUGGUAGUGGUGCAAAUUUGCUCUAAUUACUAAUAAUCGUACCGAGGUCAGAGCGCCGUGUUACAUCGACCAACGUAGCAGAUCCGCCCCAAAGAUCAUAAAUCUCUAACAAAACUAUUAAUCAUCGCUCCGGCUGGACUAUCCCGUCGGAAGAAGGAUUCCAAUAAAAUAUAAAUUUGCUGAAAACACCAGCCCAGUAGUGCACAAAUAAAAACCCUAACACAAAACACAUUGUUUGCUUUUGCUGUGCCUCCCACCCAGUGGAUACCGAACUGAUCCAAGAGCCAGCAAAAACAAAACAACAACAACAUUCCUAUAAAUUCGCAAAUAUUCUCCAAUUUCCACGUAGUUUUGCCUCCCGCCCCUCACGGGAUUUGGCAGGAAAAGAGGAUUAUAGAUUUUUUGCCGAAAACAUCCAAGCUCGCUUCGAACUAUGAAACAGUGAAAGCACUCUGGUGCGGGAUUAAAUCCUUGGUGGAAAAUUUUUGCCAAUAUAGCAACAAAUUCGGUCAAAGCAAACCUCUAUCCCCAGGAGCGGUGUCACCACGAACCGAAAGGUGGUGGUGCCGGUUUUCGCGAGACCACUUUCACAGUCAGUCAGUAGUGACGGAUGGAACAGUGAAUGGUGGUACUGCCACCGAGCGUAGCCACACUUCUGGGGCAUCCAUCGGUGAUUGUGUGUGAGUGUGGUGGUGGAUGGUGGUGGUGUGCAGUCUGAUGUGGGGUGGUGUGGUGUCGGGAAUGCAGCAUUCGCAUGUGUGCCACUCGAUAGUGUCAUCCAUCAAAUGAAAAGUGCACCAUCAAUUGGAAGCUUUGUGCUCUGUCUGUGAAGUGUGCUAACCGGACACAGCUGACUGGUGGUGGGUUGUUUGCUGGUGCUGCAAAUGCGAAAUGACAGGUGCUUUGCUGGUUUGGGAGUGUGAAAAUUGAAAAUAGGCGAAAAUAAAAACAACUAGUGGAGCGGAUCAAGUGUUUUAUUUUUAGUGCCGGGUUUUAUUAUCGCUGACGCGCUAACGGGGAUUAAACAUUUUAAUACUUGAUCGACAAAGUGUAAAUACUGAUAAAAAGUGUGGCUUGUGUGCGGUACAAUUAUUUUGGAUUUUGAUCCCCGGGUUGAGCCGGAAAGCGGUUUGAAGAUAAUCUGCACGACCGUUUUGACAUGACAACGCUACUCAAAUCACGAACACCAAGUGCUUAUAUAAUUCAAACGUAUAAAUCCAACAGUUUUGCUCACUCCGAACGCAUUGGAGGUCACAACCAUCAUGCAACGUGGUCGUCAUUUAAAUUUAGUUCUGUUGUUGGCGGUGUUGGGAUGUGCACAGGGAAAGAACGUGGUUGACAUCACCGACUACUUCCAGGAUUGUGAAAAUGGGAAGCCACUACCGGCUAUUGAUGUGAGUGAGCUUGAAUCACUGGAGGAUGACAACGGAAAUCCAACGCUGAACGGCAAAUUUAAAAUCGAAGGCGACUAUAACGAUCCAAUUAAGCUGAAAGUAUAUUCCAAACGUUUGAAGCAAGGAACUUGGACCAAUGGCGAGAUCUCCCGCGAUAUACCCAACUUGUGUCUCCUGCUGACGAGUAACUGGGAGCCCUGGUAUCCGAUGUCUAGUAAGAUGCAGCGGAAAAAAUGUCCCUACAAUGCGGGGCACGUUGAAACGUUCGACAAUAUCCUGAUGGGAGACAUGGGAAUGGACAUACCGGAUGCAUUUUCCGGCGAGUGGCAGAUGUAUAUCGAGGCAACCACCUCGAGAGGAGGCGAGAAGGUUACCGAGUGCGUGAGGCUGGCGUUCACCAUCAAGGAAAUUUAGGAAUGUUCAAGAAGCAGAAAGAAGAGUACCAGUUGAUAUGUAUUUCAAGUUGCUUAUUCUUUAGUAGGGGAGAGGGGGUAACAAUGAAACACAUUUUUUAUACGAUUUAAUUUUGAUGAUAAUACAUGUUAUUUGUGUACCCAAAAGUGAUACAUAGUUUCACUCUGUUGUUAACUAAUACAUAUAUUUUUUCCAGCUGGUAAAAUUCACGGAAAAUAACUUUUUUUGGGUAAUACACAGUCGGUGGUAAAAUGUACCAGUGAGCCCCAUGGGUAGGAACUAUGAAACACGACGUCGUCUACAGUGAAAUAUUCUACUUGCAAAUUUCAUUCUUUUGUUUUGACGAAUAAAGAUCCUAAAGCUUCCUAUUAAAGUUAUUUUGAGACGCAAAUCGUUUGUUUACGCAAGAUAUCACUAUAUCAUCGCGUAAUAUCGGACCACCAUAUAUGCAUAUAAGAUGCAAUUCUGAAAGAAGCGAUAAUUUCUACAAAACUUGCCUAAAUUGACAAACUUUCCAUUUAAUGAGUUGUAUUUAUUGUGGAAAAUCGGAACCCAUUCACAUUUUAAUAUGAAUCACAAAAACAAAAAAAAUUCACUGUUACCCAUAUAUCAUCGUUUCACAGUUAACCAAUGGGUCUAUUUAUAAAGAUUGUCAAACUACACAGAACCAUGACAAGUUACCAAAAAACUUUGUUCGCGGCAAAUGUUGAGCAUAAAAUUUGCUACAAAUAACAGUAGAAUAAACAUUUAUCUGGUGAACGGUAACUCAUUAAAAUGGAAUAAUGAUUUUUAUUGCAAAUUUACUCUGACUGUUAUAAAACAAACAAAUAUCCAUUAAAAGAGAUAGAGUUAUCUGAAGUCUUCCAAAAUAUAGUAACACGUGUAAAGAAUUAGAAACCAUGAAAUAUGAGGGAAUGAGACGAUUAUGUUCAUGCAUUAUGAUUUUAUUGCGAUUGUUUCAUAGUUCCUGCUGAUCCACCGUUACCCUCUCUCCCCUACAUUAAUUUUAUACAUCGUACUGCGCGAGUUUAACGAGUAAAUGGUUCUAUUAUGGAUGUUUAGUGAAUUAACAAUAAAAAUAAAUGGGUAUAAGAAAUUGGCAGAUUCGGCUUGGAAAUUUGUUUGACACGGCUCAAUGCGCUGGCUUCACUUAACCAUGGGUAUUUUAUGUUUUUAUAAAACGUUAAAAAAUUAUUUCUGUCCGUUGAAUCCUGUGGACGCAGUUUGCUGCUGCGUGUUGGGAUUCUUGACGACACAGUUUCCAUACAAUAAUGCAAUAUUAAAAUAACGUUUUCUCCAAUUUUCACUGCGAAAUGUUAAAAAUUGGACGAGUUGCAGAGCAUUUCCGGAAACACCUCGAUGAAACGUGGUGUAUAUCAUAACUCAAAUCUAAUGGACAAAUCGUUUUGAAUUUUGGCAAAGCUUUUUUAUAUUGUUUCCCAGGUGAAGCUAUUUUCAAAAUUAUUACUGUUUUUAUUUUGACAAUAACGUUUUGGCUGACUUUUUUUUGGCGAAAAUCGGAUUUUUGACGUCCUAGUGAGAAAUUUUGGUGUUUACCCAAUUUUUCUCCUUAGGGUGAAAUAUAGCGUAGUGCUUUCGCAUAGGCCUGCUAGCCAAAACAAGUUUCGGCUUCACUGUGUCUUAUCGGCAUAAACAGAACUUCUGCUCGGACGGGACAUCACGUUUGACCAGUCGUUCGAUUGAAAC